GUGAGAUAAAAAUGAACUCCAAGGGGGUUCUGGGUUGCCUCCUUUGAGGCUUAAUUUCCCUAUCCAAAACCGAGGGUGGGGAACCAGCUGAUCUCUGGCGAGCCGCGGAGGAGUUUAUAGAGAAGUCUAACCUCUAACUGCUAGUCCUGACUUGGUCGUUCCCAACAGCUAGGGCCAGGACAAGACGCGACCUCUCUCGGGGCCUCAGUUUCCCCGCCCAGCUCAGAGCAGCUGGUGGCAGGAGUGUCUCCUAGUAAUCUUCGUGGGCUCUCCCUGAGACCCUGACCUUGGCACGCCUUCAGCCUCUGGGUCCCUGCCCCGCUCAUAGAACUCUCUGAGUCCUCCUGCGGGGCGUGAAUGAAGAAGGGCGGCGUUGGAGACCAGGGCCCACAGCCAGAGCCAGGGCAAGCCUGGCUUCACCCGCCCUUUCUGCCCACCGGGUCAGCGCUGUUAUGAGCCCAAUAACGCCCACGGAUUCCGUGACCCCUGCCGCAGCUGGGUUGGAAGGCCCGGAGCGGCAUCCCUGGGGGCACCACCGUGUUCCCCUUUAACCUUAUCCUUAGUAGGAACAAAGGCGAGAGGUGGGAGUGGCGGGGCGGGGCGGUGACGCCGCCGACUUAAACCCGGCUGCAGGCGCAGUACACUUCUUUGGCGCGGGCCCUGGCCGCGCCCCGGACUUCGGUCUUGGUCUCUGUCUCGGCUCUUCCUGCCGACCCAGGUCUCCCCCCGCGCGGGACCCGCAGCCACCGCCACUUUCCUUCGAGCAUGGGACUGCCUCGCCCGGCAGGGGAUGCGGCAGAGCUGCGCAAGACCCUGAAGCCGCUGCUGGAGAAGCGCAGGCGCGCACGCAUCAAUGAGAGCCUGAGCCAGCUCAAGGGGCUCAUCCUGCCUCUGCUGGGCAGGGAGAACUCGCGCUUCUCAAAGUUGGAGAAGGCCGACAUUCUGGAAAUGACCGUGCGCUUCCUGCAGGAGCUGCCUGCGUCCCCUUACCCCCCGGAAGUGCCACCGCCACGCGACAGCUACCAAGAAGGCUACAGUGCCUGUCUGGCGCGCCUGACUCGUUUGCUGCCUGCCUGCCGCAUCCUGGAGCCCACCGUAAGCGCGCGCCUGCUGGAGCACCUUCGUCGAAGGGCAUCAAGCGUUACCCCUGGUGGCUGGCGGGCUGGAGACUCUGAUGGGCCUCCCUCGCCAGCGCCACCACCUGCGCAGGCUCCUGCGCCCUCUCCACCUGCACCUCCCGGUGGCCCUGGGCUCUGGCGGCCGUGGUAGUCCCUUGGCCGGUCCACGGGCCCUGGUGACUGCAAGGGAACUGGAAGGCCCCAGGCAGGCCAACGAAGCUCUUGGUGGUGGCCACUGUUCCCAUAAAGAGGGACCAGCCUAGCACCCACAUGAAGGCUGGAAUGGGAUGUUUGUGACCCGUGUGGAAGACUGCAGCCCUCAAGGAUUCAGCCGGAACAAAUAAGGGGAGCUGUGUCUAGAUAGGAGAAGGGGCAAGUGGCUGUAGGGUGAGGAACAAGCCCUCCCUGUCCCAGCUGGCUCUGGAACUGCGCUAGCCACAAACUGCCUGGGCAGUGAUGCACCUGCCAUAGGGCUGGCACCAGACUGAGGCCUGGGCCAGGAGCUCACCUGGCCAGGUGCAGCCAUCUGCUUAGACUGAUCACUGCCUGCCCAGUCCUGCUUGGGCCUACUUCCUGCCCAGCUGGGCUUGGAAAUCUAAGGUGAUGGCCUUUGGGGUUUUGGUCACUGCCAUGGCUCCGCAGAGCAUCAGAAAAAGGUAAAGGAAAUGUAGGGCUGGAGAGCCGUCACCUCCACUCCUAGGCUGUCCUCCCCAGUUACUUAUGUGGCUGCGGGUGAGGGCUUCCUAAGGUGGUCUUGGAAGGAUUUAUUUUCCCAAGCAUAAGGUAGUUUGGGGGUGUACAGAGGGGUGCGAUGAGAAGGAAGUUUGUCUCUUUGGAGGGCCUGAGCCCAGCACAGCUGUGGUGCGGUAUGAGUGGAACAGGGUCCGUGCCACAGGGUGACAGAAAUGGGAACAGGAGACCCCUGCCUGCUUUCUCUACAGUUCCUGGGGACUGGUUACUGGAAUCAAAUUGUUCUUAAGAACAAGUUUCUUUCUUCCCUAAGAAAGGCAGGAGGCUCGCUGGGAGGACCCCAGGGGGUACCUGUGGAUGCCGGUAAUGGUGCCCCAGAGGGGGUUGGGGGACUUGCUGCCCACUGUCAGUCACUCUCGUCAUUUCCUGGGGGACUUGCUGAGCAUUGCUGGAAGAUAGGGAGUUCUCCCCCAGCCCCCAGACCAACAGCCUGUGCUAGGGACCUAGGCACAAGAGGAACGAAGGC